UCACAUACAAAGCUGUGAAUGAAUGUCAUCUUUCUAAAACAGACGUCGGAUAUGGAAAAAUCGAAUAAAACAUAAUCGUCGCUAAUCAUAUACUACACAUCAUCACGGCGCCUUGCGGUACUUCAGCCUUGUCUCACAUAUCCAAUAGCCACACAACCACUACAUCCAGCAACAGGUGAGACAUCAACAACAUGGCGGACGAAUCCACAAAGAUCCCGGUCUCCGCCUCCGAGGCCCGCCGCCUCGUCGAGGACAUACUCAAGGGCAACGGCGUGCCCGCCGAGAACGCCGCCGUCGUCGCCCGCUGCCUCAUCGCCGCCGACCUCCGCGGCGUCGACACGCACGGCAUGAACCGCGUCCCCUCCUACAUGGAGCGCGUCCGUCAAGGCGUCCUCGACGCCGCCGCCCAGCCCGAGCUCCGGCAGGUCACCCCCGUCGUCGCCCACGUCGACGGCAAGAACGGCUUCGGCUUCGUCGCGACGCGCAUCGGCAUGGCGGCCGCCAUCGAGUCGGCCAAGACGUUCGGUAUCGGCAUGGCGAGCGUGUCGCACUCGAACCACUUCGGCAUGGCCGCCUGGGUCGUCCAGCAGGCCCUCGACGCCGACAUGAUGAGCCUGGUCUUCACCAACUCGAGCCCCGCGCUGCCGGUCUGGGGCGGCAAGAGCAAGCUCAUGGGCGUCUCGCCCAUCGCCUGCGGCGCCCCCGGGAAGGACAAGCCCUUCAUCCUCGACAUGGCCCCGUCGGUGGCGGCCAGGGGCAAGAUCUACAAGGCCAAGAGGCGCGGCGAGAAGAUCCCCCUCGACUGGGCCCUCGACGCCGACGGCCGCCCGACGGACGACCCGUCGGCCGCCCUGGGGGGCGUCAUGCUCCCCAUGGGCGGCCCCAAGGGCUCGGCGCUGUCCAUCAUGAUGGACGUCUUCUCCGGCGUCCUCUCCGGCUCGGCCUUCGCGGGCCACGUGACGAACCCAUACGACCCCUCGAAGCCCGCCGACGUCGGCCACUUCCUGGUCGCCGUUAAGCCGGACCUCUUCAUGAGCCUGGACGACUUCCGCGAGAGGAUGGACUACUUGUACCAGCGCGUGGUCGGGUCGGACAAGGCGGCCGGGGUGGACAGGAUUUAUUUCCCCGGCGAGAUUGAGCAGUUGAAUCAGCAGGACCGGGAGAAAAACGGGAUUCCACUGGUACAGGCAGAGAUUGACGCUCUGAACGCAGAAGCUGCGAGAGUUGGUGCGCAACCUUUGACAACACUGGCGAGUAGUUAAACUACAAGCCCGUUGUGGAGACGUUUCUCCCAAAUAUCUAAUGAAACGGGAAUGGCUUGAGGGACCUCGUCGCGAUACAGCUGAAAAAGUCAGUUGAUCCAGUCAUCUCUCAAUGCAUACGAUGCUCUUUCUCUCCUCAUGGGUACAAAGUUCCAUUCUAUGUCCAAGUUUGGUUUUGGGACUCUCAUUUGGCAAUCACAGGUCUCAGCAUGCAUCGUCAACCCUCCGUUUGAGAUCAAC